AUGCCUCCGCAAUUUCCAUCCUAUCACCGCGGCAUGACCGCAAAUCCUCUCAAGCCCGUCAAACGAUACCGUCCAGGCAAAGCGCUCGCCGAGGAGCCGUCUUCAGAAGAGGAAGAGGAUGAUGAAAAAAUUGCGCAAGAAGAAGAGCGACGAAAACAGGAGGAAGCAAAGCGUCGACAACUACAGCAAUCACGACCAGCUCCCAAGGCGACAUCUUUUCCAGGUUCGGCGGCUGGGAAAAUUGCAAAAGGUGUGCAGGACGUUACAUUAGAUGAGGAUGAAGAGGGGUUUGUCACGGAGGAGGAAGAGGAGGGAGAGGAAGAGGCUCCUUCAAAGGCAGCCAAGCCGAGUAUACCUCAGAAGGCGUCUCUCGCUGCCCAAGCUUCUGUAGCAGAAGAAGAAUCCGAAGAAGAAGACGAAGAAGAUGAAGAAGAAUCAUCUGAAGAGGAGAGCUCGGAAGAGGAAACACCAAGGAGAGUCCUACUUCGGCCGACCUUCAUUAAAAAGGGCCAAAGAAAAGUAAAUGAACAAGACGGUGGUAAACUCUCUUCCGCUCCAGGGAUUGCCGACACUGCAGCAGAAUCUGAAGCUCGACAAACUCAGCGACAAGAAAAAGCAGACUUUUUGGUGCGUGAUCAACUAGAAAAGGAGGCUAUGGCGCGGCUGGCGGGAAAGAAAGCAUGGGACGAAGAUGAGAAUGUCGCAGCUGAAGAAGAAGCCCUUGACGAUCGCGACGGGCUGGACCCUGAAGCCGAAUACGCUGCAUGGAAACUGCGGGAACUCAAACGUGUCAAGAGACAGCGCGAAGUCAUUGAAACAGCAGAGAAAGAACGUGAAGAGAUUGAACGACGACGAAAUUUGAAUCCAGAAGAGCGCGAGCGUGAAGACCGAGAGUUCAUUCAAAGGCAGAAAGAAGAAAAGGAAGCCAGUCGCGGUCAAACCGGGUACAUGCAGCGAUACUUCCAUAAGGGAGCGUUUUUCCGGGAUGAUCUUGAACGCGAAGGAUUGGACAAGAGAAAUAUUAUGGGCGCUCGGUUCGCAGAUGAGACGAAUCGUGAAAUUCUACCAGAAUACAUGCAAAUCCGGGAUAUGACUAAACUAGGAAAGAAAGGUCGAACGAAAUACAGAGACCUUCGCUCUGAAGACACAGGGCGAUGGGGUGAAGGCUUCGACAACUGGCCACGACGUCCUCGUGAAGAUAAAUUAAUGAAUGUUACUGAUGAAAGAUUCUUGCCGGACAGCGGAGGUCGUGGAGAUCAUGGCCGUGAAAGAAGUGCGGCAGCAACAGGCGCCAAUUCCAGCUCUGUUAGAGAAGAUCGUCGUCGCCGUCGAUCGCACUCGAGGCCCAGAGACAGAUCGCGCUCAUAUUCUCCCAGGAGAAGAGACUAUAAGAGGCGAGAUAGUGUUGACCGUUCCCGAGAUAGGAGUAGUCAUAAAGACCGGUAUAGGGACCAUGAUCGAGACGAUCGAGAUAGGAGAGACCAGCGGAAACGAAGUCAUUCCCCGUAUGAUGAUCGAGACAAACGUCGUCGAACGGAGAGUGGAAGCUUACGCUAG